AUGGCUUCCCGUUCAGGGACAGCAACCAAAGCACAAAUGGCAUCUUCCAAAGGCUUGCGAUAUGCUGAACGCGCUCGCAAAUCUAUCCCAGCACCUGUAGUCGACUCUGAUCCUGAGUUUGUUUCUGGACUAUACAUUCCCGAACCUGCCAAGAGGAGAGGACGCGCUCGCAAGGUUGCUUCACCCGAUCCGGACAUUGUGGUUCCCAAGAAGCGCAGUCGGAGGUCAGAAACGUUGGCACAGAUGGAGGGGCCUCGUAAGAAGCGUGCGAAACGCGCACACAAGCCUGAGGCUGUGUAUAAUCCGCUGCUCGAGUUCUUCAAGUUUGUUCCGGAACCACUAUCGGACGAAGAGGAGGACGCUGAUGCUGAGGAGGAAGAAGAGGAAGAAGAUGAGGACAUGAGCGAUGGAUAUUCCUCUGAUCCUCGACCAUCCUCACCUCCGGGCCGUAAGCCUUUGGCGCCUACACUUCUACCACAGCUGGAUAAUCUAGCUCCGUUGCAAGGCCUCUCAGGCAGCGACACCGAGCCUGAAAGCGAUGCCGAGCCUACCCCGAUAGUGAAGCCGCCUGGCAAGAGUGCUCGCCCGGUUGCACCUCAAUACAAACCAAAGGUCCCGGUACAGAGUCAGACUACCACGAACGGUAGUGGUUCCACAACCGAGAGUGAGUCCGAUGCUGGACCGUCGACUUCUAGAAAGGCCUACGAUGGAUCCACCACCGAGCCUGAAUCUGAUGAGGACGAGAAGGAUACUGCCAGUGGUACCAAGCUUCCGCAGCGCAUGGGCUCUACUCUCCUCGCCGCUGCUCAAGGGCACAAGGAGGUCUUUGUUCUCGAUGCUCCCACUGCGACAUGCGUGCCAGGACCAGUCAACAAGUACCUGCGACCUUAUCAACGCGACGGCGUCAAGUUCUUCUUCGAGCGCUAUCGAAAAGGUCUCGGCGCGGUGCUUGGUGACGAUAUGGGGCUAGGCAAAAGUCUACAGAUUAUAGCCUUCCUGUCCGCUAUCAUGCGCAAGACCGGAACUCCUGCAGACAUUGACCGUCGAGCGAAGCACGUCGAUAAGUUGCAAGACAAGGAAGACUGGCGUCGCUCAUUACCACCUGCGGACUCGCGGUGGCCUACCGCCAUGAUAGUAGCGCCCAGCAGUGUGGUGGAGAACUGGGCACGGGAGUUCACGAAGUGGGGAUACUUCGAGGUCGGACUCUACGUCGGGAGCAAGGAGGAGCGCGCCGCGGCAUUGCGGGACUUCACGUACGGCCGGCUUGACGUCUUGGUCACUUCCUUUGAUACGGCAAGGCGUCAUUUCGAGGAAUUGAAUGACUUACCUCUCACGGUACUCAUUGUUGACGAAGCGCACAAACUGAAGAACCCGAAGUCUAAGACUACCGAGGCGUUCGGUUCGUUCGCAUGGAGAGAGAACCAUCGUAUCCCCGCCCAUCUCACCCAACUCGUUCAUACCGGAGAGACUCCUCCUACACGAACGGGUCCUAUGCGCGUAGCAAUGACGGGCACUGCGAUACAGAACAAUUUGACUGAGUUCUGGGUCUUGUUGGAUUGGGUCAAUCCGGGCUUGGUGGGCACCCACAAGCAAUGGACCACGCUCGUUUCGGAUCCUCUGGCCGCUGGUCAAGCUAGGAAUGCCCGUGGGCACGAGCUUCAACGAGCGAAUAUGGUGAAGGCCAAUCUCCACGACAAGCUACUCCCAUUGUACUUCCUGCGCAGGACCAAGGAUAUUAUCAAGCACCAGCUGCCGAAGAAGACAGAUCAAGUCGUGUUCUGCCCGCUCACGCCCAGGCAGGUUGCUGUCUACAAGCGCAUUGUCGGUAGCGAUGCCGUGCAGAACAUGGUCAAAAAGGAUGAUCUCUGCGAUUGCGGGUCCAGAAUGAAACGCCAAAAGUGUCACCACCCUUAUGCUAAAGAGGACCUUUUCCGUUAUAUGUCCAUACUCAUCAGCGUCUCGAACCACCUAGCGCUGAUCCUGCCCGCACCGACCGAUACACCAGACCAAACGGCGCGCAAUCGCGAACUCUCGGACAUGGCGUUCAACGGACGCCCACCCAAGUACGCUGUUGCAAAGCUGGAGGCGGAGUACUGCGGCAAGUGGAAGGUGCUUGAAACACUACUAUCCGAAUGGCAGAGAGAUCGCGCGGCGGCCAACAAAGUCUUGAUCUUCACUAAAUCAGUAAAAUUGAUCGACAUGCUCGAGUUCCAUCUUUCGGCGUGCUCGUACGGAUUCGUGAAGCUCGAUGGCUCCACGAAGCCCUCAGAUCGGAUGCCGCUCGUUGACGCAUUCCAGGAGGAUCCAAAGAUCUUCGUAUUCAUCGUUUCGACGCUGGCCGGAGGUACGGGUCUGAACCUCACUGCAGCCAACAAGGUCGUGAUCUUCGACCCCAAUUGGAAUCCUGCUCACGAUCUUCAAGCGAUGGACCGCGCAUACCGCUAUGGCCAAACACGAGACGUUUCGGUCUAUCGUCUACUUGGCGCAGGUUCUAUCGAGGAGCUCAUCUAUGCGCGGCAAGUCUACAAGCAACAACAAAUGUUGGUUGGGUACGAAGGCAGCAUGCAGACCCGUUACUUCACGGGCGUAUCUGGUGAUAAACAACGGCAGGGCGAGCUGUUUGGUCUCAAGAACAUCUUCGCGUUGCACGAGAAUGAAUCUACGACGCGUAUGGCUAUUGAGCGCGCCAGUGUUGGGAACCUUGAUUGGGCCAUGGAGAACUUGGACGCCAUUCGCGCGCAGAGUAAAGCGGAUACAAAAGGCCCGAAAUGGGUACGAGAAGCCGAAGCCGUAGAGGUCAAGGGCGAUAGCGAUCUCAAAGGACUUGGCUCACUCUUGUUUAGCGAUACUGUCCCUGCUGUGUCUCAGGACGCUGCAAAGCGCAUCCUUGAGGAAUCUGGAAUCAAGUACUCUCACAUAAACGAUGAGUUGCUCGAAGAGAGCCAUAUCGAGGAAGCUCGGGUCAAGAAAGUUAUUGAGGAAGAACGCCAAGCGAAAAAACAGGAGCGCGACCUAGCAAAACGCAGGGCCGCCAUCGCGCAAGGCAGGCCUGUGAAACCGCUACCAGAUCCAAAUUGGCCGCCCAAACGCCGUCAUCAUCAAGCGGCGCCUACGGCUAUGCAGAAGCUACAAGCUCGCCAACGCGCACUGUUGGAUCUUGGCAUAGUGCAACGGCCCCAAGAUCUGGCCGAUUUCGCGGGAAAAUUCGAUAGGCUGCCUGUGUCGGAACAAAUCCAGAUUCUCGAGGAGCUUGAUGGCUACGCCGACAAUCACAGUCUCGACACCUUACCGGCACAUGUAGAGUACCCUUUGAACCUGUAG